ACACUAUCAACUUGAACAAAGAUGGCAGCGGACAAGUGACGAAAGGACUUUAUUUAAUAAAUGUACCUUACUUCUGUCCUCCGAAGCCGACAGCCAUCAUCCCUAUUUUUAGCGUUAAUAAUUAAAUUGUAAUAACUAACGCACUGGACAAAUAACGUUAUACCCAAGUAACAAUGAGUGACAUGCAAGACGUAAGUAUUUAAUAUUAAAGUGAACUAAUGAAUGAAUGAAUGACGAAUGAGAACGUUUAGAAUAAUUUUAUUAUUAUUAGAUCAGUACAAAAUAAAUAAUACAUUUAAAAAUAAAUCAUUUAACUCUCUGCAGUCUGACGUUUUUUUUUCACAUUUCUUAAAAAUCUUAAGGUGAUUUUUUUAAAUAAUUAAUUAAAUUAUCUGAAAUAGCUCAGAUCUGAUCAGUUAUAAUAUUAACUUGUUCAUCUUUGACUCCUCUGUUAUGUGAGGAUUAUAACAAUGAACAAAGAUAUAAUAUAUAAAAAUACCGGUACAUGGGAAAAAAUAGAUCAGAUUAGUGAGGAAUGGAACGUAUUUGACAUUAAUAUCAAAAUUAGCAUUAUUGUACUGAAACAUUUUAAUUUUUUUUAACUUUAACAUCAGGGAAUAAUGCUAUUUUAAAUUUAAAAAAAAAAAUAAACUUUACAUAACAUUUGACUCUUGUUUUGAGCUAUUUAUAUAAUCAUCAAAUUUUACUUAGUUAUCUUUUACUCAAGGAUUAUUCAGAAAUAUAUUAAAUAUACAAAUCUAUAAGUUAUGAGGCCCAUUUUUUUAAAUAUAUUACAUACAAAACAUAAUUUUAAUUAAAAGAAAAAUUAUAGUGCAUUUUUUAGGAAAAAAAGACAAAAUAUAGGUUUGCUAAAAUUAAAAUGUUGACAACUUUUUGAUUGUUCAUCGAAUAUUUGUCAUAGUCAUGUUUGACUAUGAAUUGUAUUAGAUGAUGAAGUAUUUUAUUUAAAUAAAUUUUAAAUCUUUUACUUUUAUAACAUGGAUUUUUUUUUCCUUCAUACUGUGUGAAAAUUUUGUUAAAACUUUGCAUAAAAUGAAAAAAAAUAAUUCUCCAAUUAUAUUUUAAUUAUUUUUAUAACUGAGAAAAUAAAAUAUAAAAAAAAUAUGUAAUAAUAAUAAUGUAAUGAUAGAGAGGCAUAACACAGGCCGAUAAACUACAGUAUUCCUUAAUUAUAUUUAUGGACUCUGAACAAAUAUUAUUUCUUAAAACAGUCUGCAGUUUUAUUAUAAUAAUUAUAUUUGAUAAAUAAGAGCUUGUCCAGGGUUUGAUUUCUACUUAAGAUUAGGUAAGAUUUUUCACCACAAAACAUUCUUUCAAUAAAGAACCUGUGAAAAAAAAAAUUUGAUUGAUUCAUAAAUAAAUUAACACUAAUUCUAUCAGUAAUGGUAUGCUAUCAGUAAAGGAAAAUACCAUUAUUCCUAGUCCAAAUGCCUAAAUUAGUAUAAAAGUAAACCAUUGUACAUAGAAAAUACAUUAUAAAAUAUGUUAUAACAAUAUUUUGAGUUUAUUCUUUAUGCAUUUUGGUACCAAAUUAUUAGAUUAAAACUUACCACCAACUUGUUUUUUAGGGUAAAAUCUUCAAAGAUAUUCGUCCAGUAACUCUGUAACUCAGUAAAAGGGUGGAGUCCAGGCUUAAUAUUUAGAAUCAAUAAGGAAUAAGGCCUUCUUGAUCCAAUAUCUGCAUUUUUAUCUCUCUCUCUCCUCCUUCCCAUUAGAGUUAAAGGGCUUUUAAUAAAAACAUAAUUUUUUUUUUUGAUUCUGCCGACAGUGGUCUCUACUAAUACUAGUGACUAGCGUUGAUGGUUAUUAAAUUUAAACACAUUUCUACUAUGCAAUAUUAGAAAAUUUAGAAGAUUAUUUUUGGCUGUAACAUAUUUUAAAGAAAUAUAUUUAGUUAAUAACUCAGAAGUCCUUAACUUUAAAUUUAUUUUAAUUACGCAAGUUCCAAUCUGUCGAAAUUUUACGCUAUUUUUUAAAAAUAUUUAUUUUGCAUAGCGGCGCUAUUUAUUUAUUAAAUAAUUAUUGAAACUCAAUCAAAUUCAAAUAGAAUAUAUCAAUAUAAGUAUAAAUGGAUGAUAUAUACUUCAGCCAAUUAAAAUUUAAAAAAUAUCACUUUGUUUUAUUAUUAAUUUCAAAGUCGGGAAAUGAUAAUUAAAAUUAAGCUUACUUGUUUACGAUAGCAUUAGUCGGUACUUUUGUAUGCAAAUCGUGAUAAAUUUCAUGAUUAGAGUCUCCAUUUGGAUACAUUACUUUAGAUAAACAAAUAACUCCUUGAUAAAUCGGGAAAUUAAAAUCAUUUGACAAUAUUCAUACUACUAUUUAAUUUUCUUUGUGAGACUUAUAUUUUUUGUUUUUUUGGAAAUCUGCGAAGCUUUCAAGGGAUACUCCGCGCUGAAUAAGUUUCCAAAAAAAAUUUUUUUUAAUAGUAAUUUCAAAUUUUGUAAUAAUUUUAAUUUUUUUUACAAAUGCUUAAACCAAUUAAACAAAUUAUUAAAAUAUAAUAAAUAUUUUUUUUAAUUAAAAAAUAAAGUUAAAAGAUAAAUAAACCACCCACAAAAUCUAUGGUACUUAUAAGUACCAUUUUUCUAUAGUCGGACUGCAGAGAGUUAAAUUAAAGUACGAAAUAAUUAAAUGCAAAUGUAGGCAAAUGCAAGGUAUAUAUAUCUUAUAGUAAAUGUAUAUAACAUAGAGAAAAAGUAAAGUAUAAUUAUAAUAAUAAAAUAUUUUAUUCCGAUUUGAUAAUCUACUAUAUUAUUAAGCCUUGCCUUACUUAAGCCAAGUUAAGUUUUUUUGUUUUUUUUCUGGGGUUUAUGCAGCCACUUUGAUUUAACAAAAUAGGCACCUUUAAAAUCAAAGUUAGGGCUUUAAUUGUUUUGAACAAUGUCUAAAAUUUACCAAUGUUAAAAGCCAUUUUGAAUGGUGACUGAAAUUAUUUUAUAACUAGUUUUACUGCAAAUUUCAUGUCUCAGGACCCUAUAAAACUACCUGACCACACACAACCAUCUGAUUACAGUGAUGUGCAACCAAAGAGCUAUGACCCUGAAUUUAUAUCACAGAUCAGCAGCAAAAUGCAGGUGCCUGACAGGUAAAUAAGUCACACAUGAUUUUAACAUUUGCCUCUUAUUAAGUUCUUCAUUCAUUUGUUUCUUCAUUAUUAUUUAUGAUCAUUAUGGUGGUUAAAUCUGCAAAUAGCACCACUAAAGCUUUGGUCCCAAGACUGGCACUGGUAAGGAAAUAGUUUUUUUAUUUUUAAAGAAUUCAGUCAUCUGCUGAUGAAAAUAUAACGAAAUAAACAUCCCUAUGCAUUGUAAAAUCCUCUAUGAUGACUCCUUAGCAAUAGCAUGCACUUUUUUCAUUUAGAAUGAUUCAUUACCUUAUCAAAACGCUUUGGUUAAUAAAAAUCAAUUUACUAUUUAGUUAUCCUCACAUUACCACCUUCAAGUCAUAUUUGUUUUCAUUGACAGAAUUUCACUUGGUUCUGACUAUAGCAAUGGAAGAGAGAAUGGCUAUGUCAACUCAGAAAUAUCUGCAGCCACGAAUUUUGUGCGAAUGACAGUCCCAGACAGAAUUAUUUUAGCAGGUGAAAUUACCUUUAUUAUUGUGAAAGAUUAUCCCACAUAGAUUUUUAGUAAUGACUGUAUGUAUGAUAUUUUGUAAUGAAAUCUAAUAUCAUGCUUUCAUUUAGCGUGAAUGGAAUUAAUUUUGGAUGAAAAAAGAUGCCUACUUUCCAUUGGUGGCCAUUGAAUGUUUAAUUUUUAUACAAAUGACAAAACAUCAAAAUUUGAGCAAACAGUUUCAAAUUUAAUAUUAGCAUGGACUAAUUAUGUAGUAUCAACCAUUUUCUUACCAUUAAAUAUAUAUUAAUAAUUCCUAAAUUUGAGAAAUAUUGUCCUCUUUUCAUAUUGUAAAAAAAUUGUUUAUAAAAAUAAAUACAGCUGAAGAAGAUGGAACCGAAUGGGAUACCACUGACAUUUCAAACAGUAGGAACCAUUCUUGGCAGGAAUCUUCUCAUAAAUCCUAUAGCUUCAUGAAGGUUCCCUAUACCCUUGUUGUUGGUGGUAACGAGUCCAUUAAAAGUUAGUUUUUACAUGUCAAAGCAAAAGAAUUUUUUACAUUUGGUGGUCCAUAUUCAGAUAUAUUUAAUGAAGAUUAUAGUAUAAAAAAAUGUUUGGGCUUUUUGCUUAAAAAAAUUGAAACUUGUGCAUAUGAGCAAAAUAACUUGUAAAUAGGGAGGAUUUCCAGCUUUUUUAGGCCCACAUGCUUAUUCAUUCUGACUUGUCCACUGCAUCAAUAAGUUUUAUGAUGGAAGAAAUGUAGUAAAUGCAAAAACCACUUCCGCAUUUUUCUGUUUCUCAACAUCCUAAAUAAAUUCCCAAGAAAAGCAGGUCUUUAAUUUUCAGCAACAGACUUGCAUAUUUAUAAGCACAUGUUGUUUACAUAUUGGCCCUUGUAAACUGCAUUUGGACCACCUUUUUGUCUCAGGUUCUGAUACUUUUUCUAAAACGUUGCAUCUUUUCAUAUAAUCAUUCUUUAGAAACUCCCAAUUAUGAUCAUUACAAAUCAUUAAAAAUAUUUGCCUUAAUCUGUGUUUAAGGUCUUUUAAAAAUAUUUUUUUAAAUUUUAAUUAAUUACCUCAAUAGUUAAAAACUUCUACUUUAUCAUGCUUCAUUCAACUUACAUUCACAAACAAAAUAUUUGUAGGUUGUUACUACAGUUUUAUUUAUGCCUUUAACUGUUAUCGGAAUUAAUUUUUUCCCAAAAUACAACCGGGUUUAGGUCAUUGUCUAAACUAUAAUAAAUUGUUUUUUGUUUCAGUUUUUUAAAUAUAUUUUUUACUGUUGAGUUAAUCAGUUUUGGAUAACAUCUCUAUAGUGAUUCUUAACAAAUAAGUGGGUAUUUCUUGUAAAAUUAAAAGCUUCAAAUCCUUGUAAUAAAGUCUUAUUUGAAAGUCCAUGAAGUGUGGUGCUCUGUAUGUUGAAAAUUCAUUUAACAAAACUUUAAAUUAUGCCAUUGUAGUGGUUUGAUUACAGAAAAAAAGUAUCAGCUUAUUCUUCAGCUGAAUAUUGAAAACUCUGAAAGCUGUUCUGCCAUCCAAAGUCCUAGGGUAGGAGUUGGCAACCUCUUUAAGUGUUCAUGCCAAAUUUUCUCUUGUGCCAAACAAGAAUUUGGCGAUCAUAUUAUCACAUCAUGGAAAAGUAUGAGAAAAAGUUUAAAAAAUCACACCAGAAUAGUUCAAGAGUCAUUAACUUAAUUUGUAAGCUAUGUAGGAUUGAAUUAACUUCCCCUGUGAAUGUAGGGAUAUUUCUAAAAAUUAGCAUUAAGUGUAAGUUUAGUGCCAAUGUCAACAAAAGUGCAUUAAACUCAUAAUUUAAACUUUUUGGUAAAUUAUGCAUUGAGUAUUUGUAAAUCUAAUUUACAACAUUAUGUAAUUAUGUAACAAUAGUAGAGUUGAAGCAUGAUUUCCCUUUUGGUGUCUAAUUAACAAUUUUUUGUUUUUUUUGUUAAGUUCAGGUAAUUUAUUAUUGUUAAAAAUCUUAAAUUUCUAGUGCAUGAAUAAAAGUUAUAAAAAUACUGAUUAUUUAAAUCUACUUUAGUCUUUAUGAAAAUACACUUGGACCAUUGUUAAUCUUGUGUUGAGAAUUAAAAAUAAUUGUAAACCUUUUAUGAUAAAUCUGUGUUAAAUAUCAUGUUUUGUCUGUUCCUUAGGUGACAACCAACACAUUGCCAUGAGGCAAGAUCUAGAGCUUGACCUGCCUGCAAAUGUUCACAAAAUUUCUGACAUGUCUUAUGUGGGCUUGAUCACACCACCCAGAACAUUAACUCUUGAGGAGAGAUUCCCAAUUGUGGAGGAGACUGAUGACCAGAAGAUGUUAGCUGGACAAGGUGGAGUCAACAGAAGUCACAUGACUGCAAAUGGGCAUUUGUAAGUAUUGUAAAUCCAGAUUCCUGGGUACUUGCUUAAUAAUUUGAUGUUUCAGCCAAUUUUCUAUACAUUUAAUAGUGUAGUAACACUAGUACAUAUACCUUGGUCUGGAAAUUGAGUCAGGGUUGUUUAUUUACUCUACUCAUCAGAGUUGGUCCUGUCCCUUAUGACCCUGGAGUGAAUCUGAAUGAUUCAGUCUUGUUAAAUGAAGAAAAUGAGGCAACACUCCUUAGAACACAGGUAUGUUAAUUUUUUUGUUUACAUGAGUGAGUCACAUAGCUCAAUAUAUAAAGAUCACCUAAAGAUAUGAAAAUGUAUUUAUUUACUUCCUUUUUGUAAGUCUAAGGGUUUUUUUUUAGUCUUUGAUUUGGGAAACAACUUGAUCUCUAACCUCUUUAUAAUGUAUUUCAUGAAUAAUAUUGUAAUUUAAGAUAAUAUUACUAUUAAAACCAGCUUUGAACACGUUUUAUCAAGACAGAAAUAUUGAAACUAGUGAUGUACAUGUUAAAUGCAGCCUAAAACUACAAGAUGUCAGGGGUCACAUAAAUUAUAGGAUAAAAUAAUCACUGUUCCAGGUCGCCAAACUUACUCGACGUGUUCAAGUGAUAGAACAAGACAACCAAAGGAGGGCCAGUCGAGAACUAGUGAUGUAUCCUGUUAUACUGGGAUAUUUUCUGUGGAAAAUUCUAGGCUGGCUGACCAGGGAUAGAUGAAUCAUUUGUAACUACAGCAACUGAUAUGGAAUGGGAUAGUUCACAAGCAUCCGACAGGGAAUGGGAAAAUCCACCAGCGGAGAAAUUGUAACAUUUUCAAUAAUACGUAACCCACACAUUUAGCCUAAUCCUUCUCUUUCCCAAAAAAGCUAAACAACAUUAUUUUCCCUUUUCUUUUUUUCGUAGCUUAAUGUCAAAUGAAAAAGUGAUAUUAUUUCAGACCUGGCUAUCAUAAAAAAAGUCUGAUCUCAAACAUUAUGAACAUAAUGUUCAGGGGAAAGGGAGACCUUAGUUGUCAACCGUGUGCCAAAUACAUUUCAAAUUGAAUUUUUGUGUCUUUAGUUAUCCGUUACUAUGAAGGUGUUGUAUAACACAUAGUAGCUUAACCAAAGCAAUGUGGAGGAAUAGAAAGUGAGUGAAUUUUUUGUUUUUUUUUUAGGAAAAAGGAUAUUGCUUUAACAAGACUUGGUUAAUAAUUUAAAGAAAUCUUUGAUGACAGGCCAUAGAUUGUGAAAACUAAAAUCUUUUUACUCUAUUUAAAAGAACUCCUGCUCUUUAAAUGUCAUAAAUAGCAACUCAGUAUUCCUUGUGGUGCUUUUCUUUAAUAUUUCGUUCUUAAUUUCACAAAGUCCAGAGAAUGGCCACAUUGUUUACAAAUGAUGCUAUUCUGUCAUUUUGUUAGGACAUGUUUUUGUUUUUGCUGGGGAAUGUAGUGAUACAUAUUUGUGAAACUAUGUUAAGAUACUAGCUAGUGUGUGAUGAUAUAGUAUUUAAAAAAAAUAGUUAAAUAUUCCCUGCUAUUGCUAAUCAUCUAAAAUGAGGCAUCUAUAAUAAAUUCACUUGUUCAUUUUCUUAAUUUUGAGUGCAUGAGUUGGAUGCAUUCAGCUUUUAUUAGAGAAUGGUGAAAACAACUUUUGUUAAGAUUUAUUUCUUAACAUUAAGUGAGUGAGUGAAUGACAUCAGCCUUCAUCAUCUUUGUACUUUUAACCCAUUUAGAUACAGCUUUUUACUCACGCUAAGCUCACCAAAAAAAAAUGAGAUGAUGAGCUUCAGUCAUGAGCAAGUAAAAUAAAUGAAGUGUUGAAGCUUGGUUGAGUUUAGUGAACUUUGUACUGUCCUUGGAAAAACUACAUUAGUCUGCAUAAUUAUUUUUUAAAUAUUUUUUUUUUUUUGUUACAAAGAUGAUAAUUUUCUUAUGCCUUAUAUAAUGACACAUUGGUGGUAAAGUCUUUUCAAAUAUGUACAUUUAAAUUUAACAUAUUUCAAAAUUAAGCCUUGUGAAGAAAGUGAUUUCCAUUAAUUGUAUAAUCCCUUCCUAUGGACCUCUAGAUAAGUACAUUUGAUCUUUGUACAAGAUUUCUGUCUUUAUAACUUACAAUUACAUAUGCCAUGUUCCAUUUAAGAGCCUUAAUUUCAUUUAGACCUCCUAAAAAAUCUCAUUGAUUUAUUGACACUUAAUAUUAAUAGUUGUUAUAAAAAGACUUUGACAAAAAAAUUUUUAUUUGACAAACUACAUAUAAUAUACUAUUUAAAAAUAUCAAAACUUGUUCAAAGUCUGAUUUAUGUUAGCCAUGGUGAUGCAUUUUAAAAAGUUGUUUUUUUAUUGCAUUUUCUUUAUGCACAUCUUUUUAAAUAAAUAUUCCAUUUGCACUUAAUUCCUUAUAAUUAAUCAUGGUAAAUUAACUUAGUGCAUUUUUUAUGUUUAUGCUUUUCUAAGGUACUGGUACGCUAAUAUUUUUUCAAAACUUUUACUCUCAAUCGUAAAACAGAAUAUGGAUGAUAAAAUACUUGCUAUAAUUUUUCAGUGAAAAAGUGACACAUUAAUUUAAAAAACUGGUUCAGAUAUUUUUUUUCAGUGGAAAAUGUAACACAUUAAUUUGACCAUCUGUGGAACCCAGAGCUGUAUUAUAUAUUUCACAAAUAAUUUGCUUCACACGCAAUCAUUUCCCAUUUAUGGAAUUGUUUAGUAAAAAAUAUUCCAUUUAUCUGUGGUCAUAAAGUAAUCCCAAUCCAAAUGAAUUCCAAGAGUUUCUAAGAUCACAGACACUCUGCAAGGAAAUUUACUUAAUUGUCCAUGGUAAGUCCAGAUUAAUUCUUACAUUAGUUUUAUGACACACGACUAAAGGGUAAUUUCAGUUGACACGUUAAAACUGCAAUUUGUAAAUUAUAAAGAAUAAUUUAUUAAUGUAACUAUUAAAAUUUAUAGUACAAGAGCAAGGGUGUACAAUUUAUAAGCAAAUUUGUGUAUGUAUUUGUAAAAAAAAAACAUGAAAUUUGACAUUGUUGUUCUAUGUUCAUUAAAUAUUUUGACAAAG